AUGUCUGCGAGCAACCCGCCGCGUCGGGGUGCUCGAGGCUGCUUCCAAUGCUCCAAGCGGCGCAUAGUUUGCGAUGGAGGUGAACCCACCUGUCACAAAUGCCGGAAGAAGGGAAUCGAAUGCUCAGGGCUUGGGCGAUUUCGUUUCUACCAGGGGGCGUCGAUUCGUGGAUUAUCACAAGGGGGUGCUGUUCCUGUAACGGCACCAGGUCCAUUGCCACAGCCACAGAGCAGCUGCAGCGGCAAACAGGCGCCCCUAAAUAUUCGAUGGCAGUCAGAUCGGCCGUCAGUACGAACAAAACGGAAACAAUCAGUGCGAUCCACAGCGAAAACGGCUGAUGCAAGCUCUCGAAUCUCCCAGCAUGACCAAAGCACGACAGUUGGCGGAGACCGGCGCUCUACAGCAGGCGCUGAGGAUAAAGUCUCUAGCCCUGCCUCUGAUAUCUCUUUAACCAGUUCAAUUCUCGAUGAGUGGUACGAAACUCCCGGCAGUGAAGCCGACGAUGACGCUGUCGAAGAGGUUGUCUCUAGCAGUAAAGCCAUUCAACUGCAUACCCCAAGAUCCGUAUCGCCAUGGAUUCCACCACUCAAUUCUCGAACUCGAAUGUUUUUUUCUCACUUUGCCGACGAGGUUGCCCCGAUAAUGGUCGUCCUGGACAACAUCUCCAAUGGCUAUCGGGAGGUUCUCCUGCCUCUAGCGUGUCAAGACGAAUUAUUACAGCAGUCCAUUUGUGCAGUAGCCGCGCAGCAUCUGGCUCUUAGACAACCUAGCUUCAGGCGCUUUGCAGAGUCAGGUCGCGCCGCUAUUAUAUCACGACUUCGGCGUGAUGCUUUCCAAGAGCCAACCGAACGACUCUUCAACGCAUCAACCUGGGCUACUCUGAUUAUUUUACUGGUUGGCGAGACUAUUACUGCGAGCCCUGAGUAUGCCCAUUUGCUGCAAAUGCUGUUUUGCAUGGCGGGGAAUACGCCGGACAUGACCGUGAAUUCCGUCAACCAAUUUCUCACCCAGCAAACGCACAUGUUUCAAUUUCUCGGACAGCCCUUUCUCGGCGAGAGUCAGGGCCUGGAUAUGCUGCAGCUCCCACCGGAUCUCUUUCUCGAUUGGACGUACUACGAUCUCCCACCGGAUUCAACAUAUGCGCAGUCUCUUGGGAUUAUGCGCGAGGCUUUUGUUAAAGCGUCACAAAUAUAUAUCGGCCGGGCUACCCACGACGAAGACCAAUGGCUACACCUGGAGGAGUUGAAACAACUUGUAUCGCGCAUCCAUCCGGAGCAGCAGGGGUCUCACGCCCUUGUCUGGGUGUGUUUCAUUGGAGCUGCCGACAGCACGACGUCAGAGCACCGACAGUUCUUUGCCAGCCGGAUGGAGGCAGUAUUUCGCAAGACGGGAUUCCAAAAUGUCGCUGCUGCUAUCCAGUCGCUGCCAGCUAUCUGGUCACAGAAGGAUUCCGGACGCUGGACGUCUCGUCUGAUCCGUACACUGCCAGCUUUGAUAAUGUGA